AUGAUGCUCAAGAUCACCAAGCGAUUUCGUUUCUCCAAUUUUGAUAAGUAUAGAAAGGGGAAUGGAAAGAAGUUCUCCAAGGCGUUCAAGGACAUGGUGGCUUCUUGUCUAGACCAAGAUCCUUCCAAAAGACCCACAGCUGAUAAGUUGCUGAAACACCCCUUCUUUAAAAACUGUAAGGGAACUGAUUUUCUGGUGAGGAACGUUCUCCAAGGGUUGCCCAGUGUGGAGAAAAGGUAUAAGGAUAACAAGGUUAAUGAGCAUGCAGAUGAGGGGGAGCAUGAUGAUGAUGAUGAUGAAGAAGACCCUGCCAUGCUGGUGAAGGAGAGAAGGAUCAGCGGGUGGAACUUCAACCAAGACGGGUUGGAGCUUGAUCCUGUGUUCCCAAACGAUGAUGCGGUGGCAAAAGAGGUUGCGUUUGGAAGGGAAGCGGCGGGUGGUGGUGGCGUGAAGAAGGAAAAGAUGUUGGCGACUCUGAAUGUGUUGAAAGGGAGCUUGGAACAAGAGCCGUUGGAAGUGAAGUUUCCGGUGAAAACGAUACAAGGAGAAGAAGAGAGUGAUCAUCAAGUAGCUGCUGCCGCUGAUCAUGGUGAAGAGCACAAGGAGAUUUCUAGGCUGAGGGUCGCACUUGGAAAAUGA